AUGUUGGAAGAGGAUGAAGUUGGACUUGUAAUUCCCCCGGCUCAGCCACUCUCACGCCUCUCCAGCUCCUCUAUUUAUUCGCACACCGAAGGCGCUGAGAUGUUGAGCAAGGACUUUUCAAUAUCUCAGCUUGCAAUUCCAGCCGUCAGCGUGCUGAUCGCCUUUCUUGCGUAUUCAUCGCAGUACUUGUUCUUGCACUUUGAGUCUGCGCCACUCACCAAAAAUGAGACCUGGAAGAUCAAUAUCUUUGCUCUGUGCAUUUGGAUAUGCUUUUACCGAACCUGCUUCGUAGAUCCUGGUCGAUUGCCCAAGUCUCAACAGCGACCGAGGCUUGAAGGUGACGCACUCACUGGUCGCCAGCGAUGGUGUCGUAGAUGCGAGGCUUACAAACCGCCUCGAGCUCACCACUGCAAGACUUGCAAAAGGUCUGGCGAUAUAAUCCCGCCGUAG